CCUAAAGUUUACCCAUAUAUCAAUAUACAAAGGUGUUGUACAGCUAGUAUUCAGGAUUAAAAAAAUAUAAAACAAUCUUACGUCGGUCAAAAAUUACAAAUUAGAAAGUACGUUUAUUCACUGCAAUUUUUUAAUUUAUAUCCAACGCCAUCUUAUUUGCAUUGUGUACUAGGCAAUUUUUUUUUAUUUUUUAAAACAUGAAUAGUUGGUUUACAACACCAAUGUAUUUAUAUGUGGGUAAAUAUGGGCAAAUUUUAGUACUAUUCUAUUAAAUAAAAAAUGUGUAAAAUAUCCGAUAUUUUUCAUUAAUAACAUUUUUUUUCCCUAAAAAAAAACAUAACUUUUUUUCGCAUCUUGCCGAUAUUUUUUUUUUACUUAUUUCUUUUCUCUGGUAAGCGAUUCAAUCGAGCCUAUAAAUGUAGUGGGGUCACACAACAGCUAGUUUCGGUAUGUGUUAAUUAUUGUCAUCAACGACCGGCACUUUUGUAGACCACAAAUAACAACAUAACAAAAUCGGAUUUCACGAGUUGUACAAUUAAAAAAAAAAACAAUUUUCCUCUGCGGUCUUUGUACAUACGGCCGACCGUUAAAGCACGUACUCGGGGAAAAUGUAUUAGUUUUUUUCCUUGUACCUAAUUGUUUUGUCGAGGGAAGACAAAAAAAAAGCCCACUUUGAGUGAGGUCGGAUGCGAUCAAAGUCCUCCCAGCGUUUUUCUCGGUCGACAAACAAACGAACGCAACUCGAAAGCAUUUAACGCGAUAUUAAUACAUGGAAUAAGCCAGUGUGUGACAAGUCAUUAUUGUUAUACAUUGUAUUUGUAUAUUUUGUUUUAAAUUAAAACCGUCUCAUCGCGUAUUCAAGACGAGUGUCUACGCUUUUUUACCGCCACCGGAUUAAUAACGACUAGUGUUUUUUUGUUUUGUUUUGAAAAAGUCCCUCUUAAACCCAAACGUGUGUUGAAAACAAAGAAAAAAUAGGCACUGUUAACGUGUACAUUGUUGCAAACAUGUGGGGUAAACAUGCAGAAUUAGAAUACUUAAAUCUGUAUCACAAAAAUGUUGCAAGGUCUUUUCGGUAAUGCAUUACAAAAAUAUUUAUAUGUUGUGCGUUGUAACCGAGUGACAAACAGUGAUCGGCUGUUAAAUCAUUAAUCUAGAGAGCGGAUUUUCAGGGUUUACGAAAGCUUUGAAAAUAUGUUCAUCCAGUAGAAUAUGCUCAACUCCGAAAAUGAUCUCUAAUCUCCAAAAUAUGCACAAUUAUAUAGGCUUAUAUAUAUAUAUAUAUAAUUAUGUACAUUAUAUGCACCCAUAGAGCUGCAUUAAGCGCUAAUAAACAUGUGAGAAUAUAAUAAAAAUCCGCUCUCUAAUCGUUGCGGUUAUAUUCAACUCCAUAAUAAGAUAUCGCAUAAAGUGGCCGCUUAAAAAAUAAUAAAGUAAAUAAGUGAAAAAUAUAUAACCAACGCGGAAAUUACCAAAAAAAAAAACAAAUAAAUAACCAAAGCACAGAGAACUUCAAUAACUUAGUCCCCUAAAUGAUGUGUUUAACUUACGAUUACACUGCUAUGGCCACAGCGAUGGAACAAACAAUAGCAGACAUUUUUUUUUUUAUGAACUUUUGUUGCAGGUAUGUUCUUACAAAUAUUGCGGUGAACUAAAAAUGUCAAAGGGGCCGUCGUUGGCUUUUAUGCGUUAUCCAAUUCAUCGAUGUUCCAUUUCCAUCGAGAACUUUGUUUCAAUAAAAACGUUUUAAUUCGUCAGGCCUAUUUUGUGUUGUUAAUGCAGCUUGAAAAAAAAAAUUACCCAUUACUUUGUCCGUUUUCUGGUCAACAAUAUUGUUUUCAUAAAAUAUGUAUUGUUUUAUUAAAAAUGUUUAACAAAGUCAAAUAAGAUAAAAUGUGCAAAUUUCGCGAAACCCAUAAAAAUGCUUGUCUAUUUGCCUUUGUUAAACAUUUUCAAACACAUUUAUAAACACUAUCCGUGACCGGCUAAUGGGUUUAAUAAUGGGUUUGUUUUUUUACCUUAAAACUUAAAAUUAUACUGAAAUAAAUGUAUAUUUGAUUUUUGAAUAUAUAUUUACAGACACUGUGUCUGCAAAAGUGGAAAAACAAGAAAACCAUAAAAAUAUUCGUCUAUUUGCUUGGGUUAAACAUUUUCAAAAACACAUUUAGGGAAACUAUUGAUAAUAAAAUAAUGGUGUUAAUAAUGGGCUUUUUUAUGUUGCAUAAGUAAACACAGAAUAGGCUUUUCGUAUUAAAAUGUUAUUAUUGAAAAAAAUUGAGCUCUUGAAGGAAUUGGGACAGGGAAGAAUUCGAAACCGUAUAAAAGCCAACGGCGUUCUCUUCGAAAUCAUCAGUUCAACGCAACAUUUGUUGACCGAUACAACAAGUAUAGCAUUAGCAAGCAUUUAUCAACAACAUGUCAGCAAACAUUUGUUUCAUCGCUGCGGUCCUAGCGGCAACCGCGUUCACUUUAGCGUCGUCGUGCCCAAACGUCGACACGUGCAAAUGUGAUAAGCCGGCCUACACUCCGGGGCAGGUGCCGUUCUUCGAUUACUACGAAGGUUUCGGUCCAGCUCAUUGCAAGGAAUUUUUCGGUAGUGUCGUUGAGUUGCAAGUAGAUGUGUUGCCGUGCUUCGAGGCGUACGUAAGCGUCGGCGGCGAACCGGAGAAACUGAAGUACAAGUCCGCUCUGAACGAAUACUACACGCUCAACCCCGACCAAUGCGGACCGGACUCUACCGCCAUAGUUGAAUACAUCAUCUCCAUCACACCGGCGGAUGUUCCCGAAAACGGAGAUUGCGAUAAGGCCUUGACGUGCCCUUGUGGCGCCGAAAUUUUCGGCGCUUUCGAAACGUGCUAUUCUGAAAAGCCUGUCGUCGCGUUCUUCGAAAAAAGACAAAUGGAAAGCGUGCUGGGACCGUACACAAAUUGGAAAGCCAAUAGAGACGACCCGAAAUACGAAGCCGAUUACAUAGAGGCUUUGUACGCAUACUACGGAGGCCAAGAUCCUUCGGUGCUCGCAGCCGAUUGUGAAGCCUUCCCCAGCGAAUGCGCAACAUGGCAGCACCGCAAUCUGGUGGUGUGUGCCACCGAAACCUGGUGGUCUAGCACCGGGUGCACCUUAUGUUGCCGAAGAAAAAAUUAAUGUCCCACCUACGGUUUGUCCGAAACCUAGCCCACCUGGAACUGUAAUCGGAACAGGCGGUGGUUAUUGAUAACGCACGUCUCCCGUUUGUUGUAAACCUUAUAAAAUUUCAACUUAAAACUAACUAUGCUGCAAAUUCGAUACAGAUGCUCUAUAUUGUAUGUCCGAAUUCAAGAAAUA